UUCCAACCGGUCAUCGUCGAUGGAGAACUGGAGAAGAAGCACGACGCGAAGCAGGCAGGGACGGGUUCCGGACUGGUGCGGCUGUGGUUGUCGCCCGGUGCUAAGGUGGUCUGGGACGGAGUCGCAUCCUAACAAGCCCUUCUUUGGUUGCCCCAACUAUAAUACAAGUGGGAAAACAUGGUGUGGGUUAUUCGUCUGGGCUGAUUCUGUGCAAGAGGAGUUGUCUGAAGGAGCUGUUGCAGGAGAUGAUGAUGGUGACAGGAAGAUGAACUUUGCAUGGCGGAUGGGCAAGAUGGAGGCAGACAUUAGGAAUCUGAAAUUCAUAACUCAUGUUCUUGGAUUUGGGUUCUUAGUAAUUGUUGUUUUUGUAGGAUUGGUGCUAUUAAAGGGUUGAGAACAUGUCAAUGUAAUGUAGUUCCCAAAUUAAUG